AUCCUACUCUACUUCUUCAUCACCACCAUGAGUGCCACUAUCAAGUUGGAGAAUACCCAGCGUAGAGAUGCUUUGAUCGACAUCGAGAAGAAGUAUCAAAAGAUCUGGCAAGAAGAAAAGGCGUUCGAAAUUGACCCACCCACUUUUGAAGAAGAACCUAUUGAAAAUGGAGCUGAAUUAAGAGCCAAGCACCCUAAGUACUUCGCCACCAUGGCCUACCCAUACAUGAACGGUGUUUUGCACGCUGGUCACAGUUUCACCUUGUCCAAGGUCGAGUUCGCCACUGGUUUCGAAAGAAUGAACGGUAAGAGAGCCUUGUUCCCAUUGGGUUUCCACUGUACCGGUAUGCCAAUUAAGGCUGCUGCUGACAAGAUCAAGAGAGAAAUCGAGCAGUUUGGUGAAGACUUCUCCGGUGUUCCAGCCGAGGACGAAGAGGAACCAGAGGUCAAGGUCGCUGCCAAGAAGGAGGACGUUACCAAAUUUACCGCUAAGAAGUCCAAGGCUGUUGCCAAGCAAGGCAGAGGUAAGUACCAGUUCGAAAUCAUGUUGCAGUUGGGUAUUUCCAAGGAGGAAGUCGUCAAGUUUGCCGACUCCGACUACUGGUUGCACUACUUCCCACCAUUGGUCCAAAAGGACGUCACCGAAUUUGGUGGUAGAGUUGAUUGGAGAAGAUCCAUGGUCACCACCGAUGCUAACCUCUACUACGAUGCGUUUGUCAGAUGGCAAAUCAACCGUUUGAGAGACUGUGGUAAGAUCAAGUUCGGUGAAAGAUACACCAUUUACUCCGAAAAGGACGGUCAAGCUUGUUUGGAUCACGACAGACAAUCGGGAGAAGGUGUCAACCCACAGGAGUACGUUGGUAUCAAGAUCUUGGUCAAGGAGUUUGCUCCACAAGCCCAGGAGCUCCUCAAGGCUGCCAACUUCGACUUUGCCAACAAGAAGGUGUACAUGGUGGCUGCUACCUUGAGACCAGAAACCAUGUACGGUCAAACCUGUUGUUUCGUUUCGCCUAAGAUCGACUACGGUGUGUUCGAAGCCAAGAACGGUGAAUACUACAUCACCACCCAACGUGCGUUCAAGAACAUGUCCUACCAAAACUUGACUCCUAAGAGAGGCUACUACGAGCCAGUUCUUGAGAUCAACGGAAAGUCCUUGAUCGGAUCCAAGAUCGAAGCUCCUUUGGCCGUCCACAAGGAAUUGAGAGUCUUGCCUAUGGAAACCGUCUUGGCCUCCAAGGGUACUGGUGUUGUCACCUGUGUUCCUUCCGACUCUCCAGACGAUUUCGUUACCACCAGAGAUUUGGCUAACAAGUCCGAGUACUACCAAAUCGAGAAGGAAUGGGUCCAAACCGAAAUUGUCCCAAUUGUUAAGACCGACAAGUACGGUGACAAGUGUGCCGAAUUCUUGGUCAACGACAUGAAGAUCCAAUCUCCAAAGGACUCUGUGCAAUUGGCUGCUGCCAAGGAACUUGCCUACAAGGAGGGUUUCUACAACGGUACUUUGAUUAUUGGUAAGUACGCUGGCGAAAAGGUUGAAACUGCCAAGCCAAAGGUCAAGGAUGAUUUGGUUGCCUCUGGCCAAGCCUUCGUCUACAACGAACCAGAAGGUGUGGUUAUCUCCAGAUCGGGAGACGAGUGUAUUGUGUCGUUAGAAGACCAAUGGUACAUCGACUAUGGUGAAGAAACCUGGAAGGCACAGGCUUUGGAGUGCUUAGGCAACAUGCAGACAUUUGCCAAGGAGACCAGAAACGGUUUCGAGGGUGUUCUUGACUGGUUGAAGAACUGGGCUGUCACCAGAAACUUCGGUUUGGGUACCAGAUUGCCAUGGGACCAGAAGUACUUGGUGGAGUCUUUGUCGGAUUCCACCGUGUACAUGGCCUACUACACCAUUGCCCACUACCUUCACUCUGACUACUACGGUAAGGUUCCAGGUAAGUUUAACAUCAAGCCAGAACAAAUGACUGACGAAGUGUUUGACUACAUUUUCACCAGACGUGACGACGUCACCAGUGACAUUCCAACCGAGCAAUUGAAGCAGCUCAGAAGAGAGUUCGAGUACUUCUACCCUCUUGAUGUCAGAGUAUCUGGUAAGGACUUGAUUCCAAACCACUUGACUUUCUUCAUCUACUCGCACGUUGCAUUAUUCCCCAAGCAAUACUGGCCUCAGGGUAUCAGAGCUAACGGCCACUUGAUGUUGAACAACGCCAAGAUGUCGAAGUCCACCGGAAACUUCUUGACCUUGGAGCAAAUUGUCAAGAAGUUCGGUGCCGACGCCUCCAGAAUCGCAUUGGCUGAUGCUGGUGACACCGUUGAAGACGCCAACUUCGACGAAGCCAACGCCAACGCCGCCAUCUUGAGAUUGACCACCUUCAAGGAAUGGUGUGAGGAAAUCAUCAGCACCAAGGACUCGUUGAGAACCGGUUCGCUCGAUAACUUCUUUGACCAAGCUUUCGAAAACGAGAUGAACGACUUGAUCGAGCAGACCUACGCCCACUACGAGGCCACCAACUACAAGGCUGCGUUGAAGACCGGUUUGUUCGACUUCCAGACUGCCAGAGACUACUACCGUGACUCGGUGUCUGCCAACGUCGGUAUGCACCGUGACCUUGUUCUCAGGUACAUCGAGACUCAAGCGUUGAUGUUGGCUCCAAUCGCCCCUCACUUCGCUGAGUACUUGUACAGGGAACUCUUGGGCCACCAGGAGUCUGUCCAGAACGUCAAGUUCCCCAGAGCCAACAAGGAGAUCUCCAAGGCCACAUCCGACGCCUUGGCGUAUGUGCGUGACUUAGCCAGAUCCAUCCGUGAAGCUGAAGCCAACGUGUUGAAGAAGAAGAAGGGAGGCAAGCCAUCGGACGUGGAUGUGACCAAGCCUGCCAAGUUGACGAUGUACGUGUCCAAGUCGUUCCCUGAAUGGCAAGACAACUACAUCGAGAUUGUCCGUGAAUUGUACGAGGCCCACUCGUUGGACGACAACAAGGUCAUCAAGCAGAAGGUUGGCAAGGACAUGAAGAGAGCCAUGCCGUUCAUCUCGCUCUUGAAGCAGAGAUUGGCCACCGAGGACGCUGCCACCGUGUUCAACAGAAAGCUCACCUUCAGCGAAACCGACACCUUGAAGGCCGUCAAGGCCAACAUCCAGAGAGCCACUUACUCCAUCAAGGUCGAGGACAUCGAGAUCAUCGAGUUUGACAACGGCUCUUCCGACGGUGUCAACGUCAUCACCGGCGAGGCCGUCAAGAUUGGCAUCACCGGUAAGAUCGUGGACUCUGCCAUUCCAGGAGACCCUGGUAUUAUGAUCAACAACAUUUAGAUAGCUACGCGUGGGUUGAAUAAGAUGUAUAAAGUGAUAAACCGUGUAGGAUUUACAGAUGACAUACGGAAUGUACAAGUAGAACUGUUUGAAU